AUGAAGUUCGGAAAGCAGCUGCAGGCUGAGCUGAUCCCUGGCUGGAGCGAGUACUAUCUCGACUACAAGUUCCUCAAAAAGAUCGUCUCUUCCUUGGCCAGCAACCGUCCAGCUUCGGAGGCUGCAGCACUUGCGCUGGGCAUUCGUGUGCGCCCUGCGGACUUGCUUGCGCAGAGUACGAGCGAUGCGCAGACUGCAACGCCUGCGCCGUCCCCGCACCAAUCGGUGGAGAAUGUAGCGCUUAUGUCCGUGGACGAGCCGCCUCUCGUGGAUCAGGAUGACGACUACCGCGGCCCCGACUUCCAGGCGCACAAGGCGGCGUUCUUCUUCAAGCUCGAGCGCGAGCUUGAGAAGAUCAACGCAUUCUAUCUUCGCAAAGAGGCCGAGCUCAAACUGCGGCUCGAGACCCUUCUGUCGAAACGUCGCGCCGCGGCUUCGCGCGUCCUGCCCGACGGCGUCGACGACACGACGCAAAACUAUGUCGAAUGGAAGGCCGUGGAGGAGGGCUUUCGCUUGCUUGAGCGGGAUCUCGCGAAGUUGCAGCGCUUCAUCGAGAUGAAUGCAACUGGCUUCCGCAAGAUCCUCAAGAAGUGGGAUAAACGGAGUAAGAGCACAACCAAAGAGCUCUAUCUUGCUCGUCAAGUCGACGUCCAGCCGGUGUUUAACCGUCAGCUCAUAGGAGAGCUUUCUGAUACCGUCGCGGCUGUCCUCGUUGACAUCACCGACCUCUCUGUCGGAGCUGGACAAGGAGACGAUGUCGUCAAUGAACGCGUGCUCUCGCAGCAGUUCUCGGCGGACGGCGGGAUCCAAAUGGCACUUUUCCGUGACCUGGAGAAUAACUUGCGGAAGGCUGUUGCUGCCAACGACACCGACACAGUACGACAGCUUGUGCUUUACUCCAAUACACUCGAACGCUCUCCCGUCACCGCUGCACCAACGGCAGUCAAUACUGGUCCGGCGCUCGCGUCAGCGAAUGUAACUCGCGUCCUGUGGAAGACAGUCGUCGACGCUCCUCCCCAUCUCGCUGACCUCAUCCUCGCCACGGCGACCUCGUUUGACUGGCGUUUCAUUGACGAUAUCAAUGGACGCACCCUGCUACAUGAGGCUUCGAUCGCUGGUGCACAACGCUUGGUAGACCUUUGCAUCUCAAGCGGGCUCAAAGCCGAUGCAGUCGAUGCCUACGGGCGCUCCGCCUUACACUAUGCCGCCAUGCAUGGCCAUUCGGAGGUCGCGCUGCGUCUACUUCAAGCAAAAUCCCCCGCCAAUGCACGAGACGUAGAGAGCUACAGCCCGCUUGUUUAUGCGACACUGCGUGGCUCUGUCGACUGUGUCCGUGUUCUCCUUGUCGAGGGAGGCGUCCAAGCACACCCCACACCGCCGGAUGACGCAGGCGAUCUGAUUCCUCUCGCGCUGGCUAGUCUCGCGGGUCAUCUCGACGUCGUGCUCCUAUUGCUCGAGAGUGGUGCCAAGAGUGUCCCUAACUCGAAUGGCGAGUAUCCGAUACACUUUGCCGCCCGUCAAGGCCAUACGGACAUCGUACGCCUGCUCGCUAGCCAUGACGGCUGGGAUGUUCCCGACAAGUACUACGAAUGGACGCCACUCUUCCACGCAGCUCGGUUCGGACACGCAGACUGCGUACGCGUAUUACUUGACUCAGGUGCCCGCACGGAUACACGAGAUGAACUGGGCCACAAUGCGCUACACUAUGCGUGUUGGUACGGUCACACCCCAUGCGUAGAGCUAUUGCGUGCGCGCGCCUUUACGCCUGUCUCCGAACCAGCACAACCUGUGCUCGACAGUCCUGACGCGCGCUCAACCGGGUCAAGCGCACUGCGUGCCACUGAGAGCGACAUGGAUCUCAUCCCAAGUUUGACGCUGCCCCCGCCAAUGAUGCCGCACCGCGUAUACGGGCACAACUACCUUGACAGGCAAACACUCGUACAGAUCACCAUAGGGAGGGCGCAAGCUUCGCAUAGUAGUCUUCCGGGGCAGCCCGCGAGCGCGGUGCGCCUCCAUCCCAAGCUUAUGGGUGGUGUAAGUGCGGACGAUAAGACGUCCGCACUGCUUUCUGCGCCACUGCUGAAGCUCGUGAUGACCGCCGCGCCCACAUCAGCGAGCGCUCCGUACAGUGUCGCGCUUCCAUUGAGUGCCGACGACGUACAUGUGUUUGCUUUCCAAACGACGGCAAUUGGACAACUGGCCCUGGAGUUCAGCCUGUAUCCAAACUUCGGAACGAAGACGAUUGGUCGGGCCAUUGUACCGCCAGAGCUUGUCAACGCCGUGCGCAAGACAGAGGUUGUCACGCUGCCUAUCCUGGAUACUCGGUUACAUAUCAUUGGCGAGAUCACCUUCGAGAUCCUCAUUAUCACACCCUUCCAGAAGGUCACCCUCGAGAUAGGCGGCGCCGUCGAGACCUACUGGAAGUCGCUCGGCAGCAGCAAGCCGUCGCCCCCACCACCCAACAGACGACCGGCACCCAGUCCAGCGCCCGCUCGCCUAAAUCGCCCCAUUCGUGGAAUGCCGGCGUCAGCACAAGCUUCCCCAAGCGGCUUCGUUCCACAACCUACAUCGACAGGCCCAUCGCAAACGAUCACUGUAACAAGCGUCAUGGGCAGUUAUCUCCAGCUCGUUGUGCAUGUCACGCGCGAUCUGCACCCUGUGUUCUGCACCGAAGCAUAUCUUCCCGGCACCGGAUUCGAUCUCAGGGUUGAAGAUGUGACCCGUGCCCAGUUUGAAGCGCUCGCUACGAAAACUGGACGUACGCUCGCGGAUGUCCCGAGCGGCAGUCGAUCGAGCCCUGUUGAAUGGCACAAAGUGCUCUCAGGCAAAAUGGUCGCAUUGGACACUCUGCUAGCCAUGCUUCCCGGAUCAAUAUGGUUCUUCCUGGACCUCGCCUUUAGUGGAAGUUCGAAUGGACCGGCCUUUAACGAGGCUGUCGAUGCCAUCCUGCGUGUUGUGUAUCGCGCAUACACGCCCAGUGAUGCGAGACGUAAGAUCAUCUUCGGUUCUGCCGUGCCUGAUGUAUGCAUGGCCAUUAACUGGAAACAACCCAAUUAUCCGGUUCUCUACGUCUCGUGUAAAGGAUCUCCUAGCCCAAGCCCACGAGAUGAUCGGAGACUCGCAAGUCUCGACGCAGCGGUCGAAUUCGCGCGGGGCAAUAAUCUUCUCGGAGUGCUUGUUCAAGGAGAGCUUCUGGCUACGGCAUCCUCCUUAGCUAACGCUGUCCGAGAGGCUGGGUUGCUAGUUGGCGCUUGCUGUACAGAUUACAGCGCCCUCCCAACACUCGAAGGCGAUGCGACACCGGACGCAGUUGUGCACAAUGGCGUGCUCAAUUUCCACGACCCUCUAGGCCGCCUUUGA